CUCUUUUUCUUUUUCUUUUUCAUCCUUCAUCCUCUUUCAUCAUCUCCUUUUUCCUUCCUCCCUUCCUUUGUUUUUUAAAUUGCUGCCUGCUGCUUGCUUGCACCCUUGUCCCUUUGUCAAGUGUGCUGCCUGCUAACCCGUAAUUCAUCUGUACUCCUGCCUCUGACUUGACUCUCUCAUCGUCAUCUCUCAACCCCCUUUUCUUUACUGUUUAUGCUCUCCCGCACUAUGCAUCCCGAUAACGUCCAUCAUCCCUCCGAGGCACCCAUCUCUGCUGCUGCAAAGAUGCAGAUGCUACACCAGGCCCAGGCUCAGGAUGAGUCUGCUGCUGCCUCUGCUGCUGCUGCCGCUGCCACUGCUGCUGCCGCCGCAACUGUUGCUUUAGACGAUGAACCCUUGGCCGAAUCCGUGUCGCAAAAACAAACCGUAUCCCGCAAGACCCAAGGAAUUGAUCUUGACUCGAUUUCUAUGUUUCCGUCUCUUAGCUCUUCCUCUGCUCCCCGUGCUGCCACAACCACCACAUGGGGUGCAGGUCCUUCUUCGCGUGUCAAAUCUGCUGCUGGUAAACUAGGUGCUGUUGGUGAUCAACGCCGUACGCCCACCGCUUCAACUACUGCUCCUACUCCAUCCAACGCGCCUCGUGUUUCCAGUUCAGGUAACGUUCAAGAGCGUAUGCAGAUCCCUACCGCUCAGAUCCCUGGUUUUGGAAAGGCCAACGUGGGUGACAUUGUCAAGGCUGCGAUCACGUCUUCAGGAGCCCGUAUCGAGUCAACGACAUCUCAGGCAACUGGUUUGACUACCUUCUUAAUCUCUGGAAAACCCGAGGCUGUUGCCAAGGCGCGGCGUGAUCUCCGAUCCAGCGUUGCCAAAAAGGAAACCAUCAAAUAUCCUGUUCCUUUAUCUGCUUGCCCUCAUAUCCUCGGCUCCAAAGCGCGCACAUUACAUAAUAUUCAAGCCCAUACAGGUGCCGUCAUUAAUGUCCCUCGCCGUGAACAGCAGGAAACUACUUUUGAGUCUACCGAUGCUACUGAGGAUGAUUUGGAUGCGGAAGAGGAGAUGGCUCUGAUUGAGAUUGAGGGUGACGUUGAGAGCAUCCAGGCAGCCAAAAAAGAAAUUGAUACGAUUGUCAACAAGGCCUGCCGUGUCACAUAUCGUCUAACAACCGUUCCUGCCACAUAUUAUCCCUUUAUUGCCGGUGUCCGAAACUCAGGCAUUCAGGCUAUUGAGCAACAGACCAGUACAAGGAUUAACGUUCCCUUCCAUGCCUCCUCAAAUGACGACGAUGAUGAGGAAGAAAGCAGGGACACUGCCAUUGAGAUCGUGGGCGCUCGCAAGAAUAUUCGUAGGGCGAUUGAGGAAAUCGAAAGCAAGUACAGGGAUGUCCAGAGCACUACCCGCACGAUGACCAUCAACAUCCCCAAACGCCAGCAUCGUUUCCUGGUUGGUACCAAAGGAGCCCAUAUCAAUGAGAUUCAUGCUGCUACUGGAUGUGUCAUUGAAGUCCCGCCUAUGGAGUCAACAUCUGACUCCAUUGUCGUUCGUGGAUCAGAAUCUGAGUUAAUCCCUGCUUUAACUUUAAUUAUGGAGAAAGCCAACAGUUCGCACGUCGAAUCAAUAGAUGUCACUGCUAUCCAUAAGGUUGCGUCUGGUCAAAACAAAAUGGAUCAUGCUCGCCAUGUUACUAAGUACCUGAGUGCCCGUAAUAAGCUUCGUAAGAUUGAACAGGAGUAUGAUAGCGUCCAGAUUAGUGUUCCAAGAGGCGAGGGUCAGACUUCUGUGACAAUUGAUGUCGUUGCCAAAACACGUGCCGAAGUCCAGGCUGCUCAUCAGAAAGUCCUCGCUGCUGUCAAGGCUCUGACACCUCCUCUCUUUGAUGUUGUUCAGGUUGAGCCACUUCUCCACUCUCACAUUGUGGGUCGGAAGGGCCAGAAUAUCAAUCGUAUUCGAGAGACACAUGGCGUUGAGGUGAUUGUUCCUGAUUCCAAAAGUGACUCGCAUGAGAUUGUGCUCGUAUAUGAAGGAACCGAUGGUAGCGAUUUGUCCGACUCGGCCAAGAUCCGCGGUGCUUUGGAGGCUGUUAAACAGGAGGUGGAUAAGCUUACUCAUGAUGCUACUGAUUUCACUACCAAAAUUUUGACCGUCCCAGCUCGUCUUCACCGUAACGUUAUUGGACCCAAAGGCUCUACAUUGAACGCUAUCAUGGGUCUAGAGCCUACUACAUCUGUCCGUCUUGGACUUCCUCGUGUUGGAUCAAUUGACUCUACCAAGAAGGCCGGAUCUCCGGUUUUGACUGAAGACUCGAUUGUGAUCAAAGGACCAAAGGAUGAAGUCGAACGUGUUGCACGAGAGAUCACGGCACUGAUCGAGGAAACUAAGCACCAGCAGGUGAUGAGCUCUUACACAGUUAAUUUUGACAUCCCUGCAACUGCUUCGCCUCAUGUCAUUGGCAAGGGUGGUGCCAACAUUAAUAAGCUUAUGGACCAAUUCCAGAUUAAACUUGACCUCAGUGACCGUGGCAAUGGAGGAGAUGAAAAGAGCAAGAAGAAGGGUGGAAAUGAGACAAUGGAAGUCACCAUUCAGGGUGUCAAGAAGAAUGUCGAGGCUGCCAAAGAGACGAUUCUCAAGAUGGUUGAACAACUUGCUGACGCCACUGUUGCCAAACUCGACAUUCCUGUUGAGCACCAUAGUGCUUUGAUUGGCGCUAAGGGUCAGUAUGUCCGUAGACUGGAGGAGAAGUAUGGUGUCAGAAUUCAGUUCCCGAAGGCUGCUGAACUUGAGGAAGACGAGGACAAGUCCAAACUGAAUGUUGUUCUGGUCAGUGGUGGAAAGAAGGGUGUUCAGGGCGCUAAGGGAGAACUUCUCGAGUUAUUGGAGUAUGAAAGGGAAAAUAACAAUACAUUGGAGAUGGUUGUGGAAUCCAAGGUGCUUCCCCAUAUCGUUGGACGCAGUCAUACGAAAAAAAAUGAAAUUCAAGAAAUGUCGCAGACUCGUAUUGAUAUCCGUCGCUCUUCUGAUACAGACGAGGCUCGUUUAGUGAUCAGUGGCUCCAAAAAUGGAUUGAAGCAAGCUCAGAAGGCUAUUCAGGAAAUCAUUGAGGCACAGAGAUCGCAGGCUGAGGAACUUGUGCACAUUAGUAGCGAGCAUCACAAGAUCUUGAUUGGACCAGGUGGAUCAACUCUGCGUGACAUUAUCACCAAAGCCGGUGGACCAACCGAGGUUUCUGCCCAGGCAUCACUGGUUAAGUUUCAGAGUAGUAACGAUGCAGUACUCUUGAAGGGUGAUAAGACCAUUGUCGAGAAUAUUAAAGCUGAAAUGCUCAGGAUUGUAGCAGAACAAGACAAUUGGACAACACUGAUCAUCAGCAUCCCUGCCGCUCAGCACCGCCAAGUGAUCGGAUCGCAGUUCUCGAAUAUUAAGGAGAUUGAAAAUCGCCACAAUGUUCGUAUUAAUUUCCCUAAUAACAAGAACAAGAGAGAAGGGCAUAAGGACACUGUCAACUCUGAAUCUGAUGAGACGAUUGCACCGAGCGAUCGAGUGGUAAUCAAAGGUCUUCGUGAAAACUGCGAAAAAGCAAAGGAAGAUCUUGAGGCAAAGGUGAAGGGCUCUGCUACCCGAACGUUCAGUAUUCCGAAAUGUCAUCGCCAAGCUGUCUUUGGUGAUGGGGUGUGGAAGAUCCGAAACGAAUUCAAUGUGGUUGUUGUGUUGCCUCGUGGUGAGGGAAAUCGUAAUCAUGGCGGAGCAGACAAGCGCAUUGAUGUGGAAGACGAGAAUGUAACGCACGGGCUCACAGAAGGACUCUCAUGGGAGCUGUAUGAUCUUACAGGAGCAGCAGAAGGAGAUGAACAGUUCACGGUGCAACUUCAGGGAACAGAGGCGGCUUGCGAGGCUGUUGAGGCUCAUUUGCAAAGGCUACUGAACAAGGCGCGUGCAUCGACACAUAUGCUCAAGAUGCGAGUGCCUACAACUUAUCAUGGUAUGAUCAUCGGUUCAGGUGGAAACAACAUCAAGCAAAUUGAGGCAGAAUCAGGUACCUCGACCAAGAUUUCGCGUGGUGAAGAGCUCAUCACAAUUACGGGACCCAAAGAGGGUAUUGAAAAGGCCAAACAGGCAAUUAUUCGUAUUGUCAGCACCUCUGAUAGGCGUGUGUAAAAAAAAAGAUGAUCCUAUUUUCCUUCUUUUAGAAAUGACCUCCUUUACUUGUAAUAUAUAAAUAGAGUUUUUUUUUCUUGAUUGGAUGAAUCUUAAAAAAAAUUUGACCGGA